AAACAAACAACCACAAGGCCAAACCCAAUGGGAAUAUUGUCGAGGAAAGCGACGUGCAACACUCACGGCCAGGAUUCCUCCUACUUCCUGGGAUGGGAAGAGUACGAGAAGAACCCAUACGACGAGGCCACCAACCCCGCCGGAAUCAUCCAAAUGGGCCUCGCCGAGAACCAGCUCUCCUUCGACCUCAUCGAGCAAUGGCUCGCCGCCAACCCCGACCCCGCCUCCUUCAAGCGCGACGGCGGCUCCGUCUUCCGCGAUCUCGCCCUCUUCCAAGACUACCACGGCCUCCCCGCCUUCAAAAAGGCUUUGGUCGAGUUCAUGUCGGAAAUUAGGGGGAACAAGGUGACAUUCGAUCAGAACAAGAUCGUCCUCACCGCUGGUGCAACCUCCGCCAACGAGACCCUCAUGUUCUGCCUCGCCGAGCCCGGCGAGGCCAUCCUCCUCCCCACCCCUUACUACCCAGGUUUCGACCGGGACCUCAAGUGGAGAACCGGAGUGGAGAUCGUACCCAUACAAUGCACCAGCGCCAACGGCUUCCAAAUCACGGAGACAGCUCUCGAGCAAGCCUACCUCGACGCCAAGACACGCAACCUAAAAGUGAAGGGCGUCCUCGUCACCAACCCUUCCAACCCGCUGGGAACCACGUUGACCCGACCGGAGCUCAACCUCCUCGUCAACUUCAUAUCCGACAAGCAGAUCCACCUCAUCAGCGACGAGAUCUACGCGGGGACCGCCUUCUCCUCCCCCGGCUACGUCAGCAUCAUGGAGGUCCUGAAAGACAAGAAGCUCGAACACACCGAGCUCGCCGACCGCGUCCACGUGGUGUACAGCCUGUCCAAGGACCUCGGCCUCCCCGGGUUCCGCGUCGGUGCCAUCUACUCCAACGACGACCGAGUCGUCUCCGCCGCGACGAAAAUGUCGAGCUUCGGCCUCGUCUCGUCGCAGACGCAGUACCUCCUCGCGGCUCUCCUCUCCGACAAGAAGUUCACGAGGAACUACAUCGCGGAGAGCCAGAGGAGGUUGAAGCAGCGACAGAGAUCGCUGCGCAAAGGGUUGGAGAAGGCCGGGAUUAGCUGUCUGAAGAGCAAUGCCGGGCUGUUCUGUUGGGUUGAUAUGAGGCAUCUGCUUGAAGCGAAUACUUUUGAAGCGGAGAUGAAGCUGUGGAAGAAGAUUGUUUAUGAAGUGAAGCUCAACAUCUCGCCCGGUUCUUCGUGCCAUUGCGUCGAGCCGGGGUGGUUUCGUGUUUGUUUCGCGAACAUGUCGGAGGAGACGCUGGAGCUGGCUGUGGAGAGGCUGAGGAUGUUCGUGGAGGAGAAUUACAACGAUGUGAUUCCUCGCAGCAGGAGCGGGCAUGAGAUGUUGAAGGGUUUGAGGAAGAAGAAUCUCACCAAGUGGGUUUUCCGGCUAUCCUACUCCUCCGACCGUGAGCCGGAGGAGAGGUAG